AAUUCACAAAUAACGACAAUCAUGAAUUAAGAGUUUUUGGAAGUUACAGUUACAACUUGUAAGUAUUUCAACUACGAUACAAGUAAAAUACUCAACAUUUGAUACUUUUGAAUUUUUAUGUACUAAGUAGUGACUUGAUAAUUUGCUGUUGUGCGUCAAAAUUUUAAAUGUUCUCCAUUUAAUAAAAUCUUUACUUGGAUUUUUUUAAAUUUAUUUAUAAAUGUCGGACCCAUCAGAUUUUGAAAGUAUUAUUUCAGACAUAAUUGUCUCUCCGUGCAGUUUUGACAGUAAUGUCGACAAACCUGGAACUGUGAAUGAUGAUAAUUUAGAAUCAACAAUAUCGUUAACCAACAAUGUAGUAAUAAACACAACGAAUGUUGAUGGUACGACCACUUAUGAUUCAUCUCAACAUGACAUAUCUCUUACGGAUAGCGAUCAUAGUUUAUUGGAAGUCCCAAAGCAAUUGAAUGCCUCUUCUCCUUCCAGUGUUUGCUCAACAAGACCACUUGAAUGGGAUAGUGGAGCCGAUGUGGGAUAUGAUAUUACAUCUCAACAACAGAGUCAAGAUAUGAGUACAAUUGAAAGAAUUGCAGUGAGUAGCCUCGUUUAUAAUACAAAUUCAACCCCGAUUGUUAAUCAAAACCAAAUAAUCCGUCCCAAAACCAAAAGUAAUUCAUUGGUUAAUCUGAAUGAAAUAGAAUUAUCCAGAGAAAAAAAAUCUACUUCGUUAGAUGUAUUGAAAUUUACAACUGAGAAGAGUGACACACUACCAAAAUGCCGAUCACCAAUGGCUUCUUCACUUUCAGUGUCAACAGUAGUUCACAAAUUAGAGUCUUUGAAAACAAAAUGUAUUAAUAAAUUAAAUGAAAAUGAUGUUAGUUUGAUUUUCAAUCAACAAGAAAAAAGGUUUGAAAAAUUGAGCAUUAACUCCAACAAAGAACAAAAAUCGACAGAGAGUAGUAAAGAGUCUAAUAGUACCUUGGGAAGUGCUGAUACCGCUGGAUCUUGGGUGGCAAAAGAAUUCCAUGACUCAACAAAUAAUACUACUGAUCGAGUAAAUAGCUUUGAAUAUUUACCAGGCAAUUCAUAUUAUAAUACUAGAAAUGAUGAACAAGAAGACUACUCAGAUAAAGAAAUUAAACAAAGUACUAAAAUACUGGUUGAUGCAAUGAAACAAAAUGGUUUAACAAAUGAACUUCAAAGAAAAGAAAUUUUUAAAGAAAUUAUUGAGAGUUUUUUAAAAAACUACGUUCAGAAAGACAAAAAUAACAGUUCAUCAUUAAAAAGUUCAUCAGAUACUGAUCAUACUCCUCAUACUCCAAUUAGACAAGAUUUUACUUCUCAAACAUCUAAUACUGCUAAUACCAUAGUCAACAAUCCAACAAAUAAUCAUUCCAGCACAAUUACAUUUACAUCACCAAUAACUUCUUCGCGGUAUGGUGAUGAUGUCGAUUCUAAAUAUGAUGAAUCUUCUUUGAACUCUGGGCGGCACAUAAAUUUACAAAAGUGUAAAAUAAAAAAAUCAUGUACCUCGAUAAAUUUACAGAAACAAAAGGAUCAAAGUGUGCAAUGUACAAUCCAAGAUAAUUUAAUAAACAUAAAUGAAAAUGAAAAUUUGAAACCUUCAGCAUCUACAAAAAAAAAUGCUGACUUAAAAUCAAAUCCAAAAAAUAACACUCAUAGUAAAACAAAGUACAAUGAUGUUAAUAAGGAUUUUAAUAAACAAAUGAUUUGGUUUCAUAAAAAUUACAUGAAAACUGAAAGAGAAAAUCAAAUGCUCUGGAUCAACAGUCAGAUAUCUCACUUGAAUAAUUUGAAAAAGCUAUUGAACACCCAUGAAGAACUGAAAAAAGAUUGGAAUACAUAUAAGCAGAAACAAACAAAUAGUAAAUCUAAGUUAAGAAGAAGACUUCCAAUAUCAAAUUCAAGUUCUGAUGUUACUACUUCAACUUACACAGAUUCAACUAUUUCUUCCAAACCAGUAUCAGUCACAUCAAGAUCAAAUGAAACUGAUCUUGAAUCUUCAGCUACAAUUUGUGACCAUGUACAUUAUAAAAAAGGAAUCCUUGUAGACGAACCUAACUCUUUGAAAAAGUGUUGCGAGAAAAUGCUUGAUGGCAUUAAAGAUAAACAAAACAAGAAGACUAAUAAAUUUAAAACUGCAUGGUCUCAAACUGAAUCAAUUCACGAGACAAAAUUGAAAACUGAUAGAACGCAAAACUCUCAGUCUGGUGUUAAUUAUACAGAAUGUCAAUUAAAACCAAGCAGCAGUAAAAGUUCUAUAAGUUAUGAUAUAAUAUUUAAGUCUACUUCAAGAUGUUUAAAAGAAAUAGAUGCUGUUAAUGAUCAAAAAAAAAAGCAGAAACAUUCUAUAUCAGUAGCAUGUCAAACAAAUAAAAUCCCAUUUAAACCUAAAUCUAGCUUACAGGAAUAUUUAAUAAUAAAUCGUCCAGAUUACAUUUGUCGAGCAGAAGAAAGGCAAAAUAUCUUAACUAACUUAGCUAGUUUAAGAGACAAACGCAAAGAAUUAAAAAAAAAUAUGCUGAUAACAAAUAAUAAUGAAAAUAAGGUUCCACCAAAUCCAUUAGCUGUUAAGCGUGUAAUGAGUCAAAGUGAAAUGAGGAAGUUGACUGAAAAUAAAUAUCGCAAGUGUCCUGAAGUCAAAAAUAAAAAGAUCGAAAAAAAACGGAAAGAGGAAUAUAAAACAAAUAAAAUGAUGGCAAACAUAUUUAACAAGAGACUUCAAAAAAAGACAUUAAAAGGAAAAGUGGAUUUAUCCAACAGUGUAAGUGUUUGCAGUUUGUGAAUAUUAUUGUAUUAUACAAAUUAUGAUUUUUUUUUUUUGUGCAUUUUUAUUGGUUGUUUUUUAAAUAGACAAUUAUUAUUAUGUAUUCAUUCUUAUUCUUGUAUUCUAAUUAUAAUAAAUUUAAUGAUAAC